AUCCCCAUUCAUCAGUAAUCGAAGAACAUUAUUAAUUCAGAUACCUGAAAAAUGGCAGCCCCCAGGAUACGCUUGAAUCUUUUGAUAGACAAUAAGAGAAAGCGAGUGCUGUUUGCCGAAGCAGGCAAGGACUUUGUUGAUUUUCUCUUGGAAACUUUCACCCUGCCGGUCGUAACUGUCACCAAGUUCCUAAAGAAUGAAGGCAUGCAGUUAGGCAACUGCUUGGAAAGCCUGUACGAGAGCAUUGAAAACCUGAACGAUACUUGCAUUCUGCCAGGCUACAGUAAAGAUUUAGUUUUGAAGCCCAAAAUAGUAAUGUACGGUGGUACAGACUCCAUCCUCUUGCCAAAGGUGGAGUCCUAUACGUUCAAGAAAUUCUACAAGUGUUGGAACAAAAUUAAUUGCAGCGGCCGUGAUUAUCGCCUGUCUUCUCAAUAUGGCGGACGUUGUCAAACAUGCAAGUCAAACUCUAUGAAGGACGAGGUAAGGUUUGAAGAGCUACUAAGCGAAAACAAGACGAUCGAGUACUGGUAAUUUGAAUUUGUUGAAAGAGGGGGCCACAUACAUGGUGAUGGAUGAUCUGAAGAUGGAACCAAUUUCUGCCGACAAUUUCAUAACUCUGCUUAAUGAGUAUGAUAUCGCGGAUGGAGGGGCGCUUGAAAAGAAAGUGGUCGUUGUGGGCAAGGACGAGUGUCUGAAGUUGCUUAAGGCUGCAAUGCAAUCCAAGACUAUUUUGACAGAUGCCUUCUUGUCGAGACCGAUUGAAAUUAAGGAGUCGAUCGAAACAUAUAUUGGAACUUCUGAUGAGAUGCUGAAGGAUGAUGAAAGUGUCAUGGUCCACGACCGGACUACAUUGCCCAUGCCACCACUUUAAUUUCAUUUACAACUUCAUUUACUUUGAUAUUACUUGUUAUUUGGAUUACAAUAGAGUUAUUGGGCCUUGAGCUUUAGUUCUAUUUUCUUGUAUGCUUUUAGUGUGUUAGUAUGAGCCUAUGUAGGAGUCAUCUCCUUUAUAUACGAGCCAAGGGUUCUAGAGUUCAUCAUCCACAAACUUAAUGAAAAUUCUACUUUCCUUC